AUGAAGGCCAGCAAUCCACUCUGGGAAGAACAUCCCAGAUCCUUUAGUAUCAGGGAUCCACUACAUAUGGUGUGGGUCCUGGAUGGAAAUACUUUAAUAGCAGUACCUGAUAGCAGCAACAUCCAACCUGUCACUCUUGACUUACUACCAUGUCGAGACACAGAAUUCAGCGAUGAAGAAAAAGGUAAUCUCGUUUACCUGGGAAUUAAUGGCAAAGACCUCUGUCUGUUCUGUGCAGAAAUUCAGAACAGGCCUACUUUGCAGCUUAAGGAGAAAAACAUCAUGGACCUGUACCUGGAAGACAAAGCACAGAAGCCCUUCCUCUUUUUCCACGCUAAGGACGGCUCCACCUCCGUCUUUCAGUCAGCCUCUUACCCUGGCUGGUUCAUAGCCUCCUCCGCCACAGCAGGACAGCCCAUCGUCCUCACCCAGGAGAGGGGCCUAACUAACAACACUGACUUCUAUUUAAGUCCCGUGGAUCAAACCCAGCCUAGGCUGUGGAUGGCUGAUUCCAGGAUAGAGAAUCAAGCAGGAGCCCUUGACAAAUGGGGGAUGGGGGUGGGUGGGAAACGAAAGAAAUGGAAGAAUUCCCUCUAGCAUCACCACCUGAGGGAGAAGGACAGCUUCUCUUCCAUGUGGACCAAGGUAGAAAUACCAGGAAGAAAUGUGAAGUUAAGCAAAGGAAGAUUCCUGUCUCUACAAUUUUGCAAUGGCUUUGGUAUCAAGGAAACGCUACAAAUGAAAUGA